CGAUUUCAGACAUCGAGCAGCGCCGGAACUUGGAGGGCGCGCGGCGCAUGGAGAAGACGCGCCAGACGCCCGAUUUGGCGAAGGCGGCUUCUGAGAUGGCCGGCGUGACGCAAACCGUCUUGGAUGCGCUGCGCGCUGGGCCCGGCGCAGAUGGCAGCGCCGUGCCAGCGGGCGGCCUCCGUCGAGCCGCGUUCAGCGACAGCGCCGCGGG